ACCUGCAGCGUCAUUUCAUUCUUUAGUGGCAGUGCGCAUGUGCGAAAUUUAGAGAGGGACGCUUGAGAAGACGAUAUCAAUGCUUAUAAUUAACAGCCUUCAAUAAAGGUUAGUAUUGAAGUUCAUGGCAAACGGAUCCAAACAGGCACACGGACAGAAAGAAAACCAUGUCAACUCCGCCUCUCAUCAGAUCAAAGCAGACAGAGAAAUCAAUCAAUGGAAUAUCCACACAGGUUGUUUGCACAGAAUUCAGUAACUACAUAUUUAUAGUUCUCACACAGUAUGGAAAGAUUGGCACUUUAGUAUCAGUCACACCUGACUCCAGAUCAGGUGAUAUCAGCACUCCCAUGUUCACCACCAAAGUAUUGUUGGGAAAAGAAGAGGCUUUGACACACGUCUGUGCCAAAAACUUGGCAACAUUUGUGUCACAAGAGGCAGGCAACAGGCCUGUUCUACUGGGGUUGGCACUGAAGGACAGUUCCAUAGAAGCAAUAAAGGCCAUGAAAGAUGUAAUCAAAAGUUGUCAAGUCUGGUAACUACUGGUACAGGGAACGAGCAAAAGAAUAGCCUACCUGGAAAGACAAUUUCAGAAAAGGCUUCAUACACUGAACACAUUUUUUUCCUCAAUGUUUUUGCAUCCUUUAAAAACGUAUUUUGUUAUCUGUUGUUACAUCUAAGCUUGAUGUGGAAAUAAAUGCCAUAUAAAUGGGAAGUUUA